AUGAACCUCCUCACCACCCUCCCCCUUCUCCUCCCUUACACCCUCGCCCACCCAACCAACCCCCUAACCGCCGCCCUGGACAUCGCCCACGACGCCACCCAAUCCGCCGCGAACAUCAUCUCCUCCACCCCCAAUAUCAUCACCUCGAACGCGCCCUACGACCUCGUCUCCGAUCUCUGCUCCCCAACAGGCGCAAACUACUGCAACCUCGGCAUCGCCACGUACGCACCCAACGGCCGGGUCCAGUUGCGCGAGACCUACGUCUACGAUCGUUCCUGUAGGGGAAUUGGUGCUCUUCCGCAGAGUCUCGAUACGGGCCAUUGGUCUCUGCAUUCGUUGCUGCCGUGGACGGUGGAGGUUGAUGUUAAGGGCGGUGGGAAUAAGCCGGAGGGCGAUGCUUGGUAUGCCGGACGGAAAAUCGAUUUGGGGAAGAAGAUGGCGUGUAAGGAUUGUGCGGGGGGCUUGAAGGAUUGGCAGUGUUGUAGGGUGGCGUUUGAUUGCCGGUAG